AUUUGAAAAUACAUCAGUUCGUUUUCUACUUUCAUUAAAAAUGGCAACAGAAGAACAUCCCCUGAAACCAACUACGGAGAAACCGAAGAAGCCCAAUUGGAAGCAGAAAAUAAUAGAGAUAAAACAAAAUAUAACUGUGGAACCUGUGCUGGCUUGUUACGUGGUUCCAAGUGUACUUUCUAGACUUGCAACUCAAAAUUUGAAUUUAGAUAAAGCAUGUCGUGUUAAUAAAAAUUAUGGAGACAAAGUCUGCGAUGCUCUUAUUGCUAGACAAGGCAACCAGUAUUUGGAAGAGGAAUUGGCUGUACAAGAACUGAUCGCUGGAAUGGAAAGUUGGAAAAAUGUUCUUCUAACAGCAAUACCUAGCUUUUUGAUAUUAUUUUUAGGUGCUUGGAGUGACCGCACAGGCAAGCGGAAAGUGUGUAUACUACUGCCGAUUAUAGGCGAAUUGCUGAUGUGUUUAAGUAAUAUAGUCAAUGCGUAUUAUUUCUACGAAUUACCAGUGCAGGUGACAAUGUUUUUCGAAGCUUUCUUCCCAGCGAUAACGGGCGGUUGGAUUUCCAUGUACAUGGGAGCAUUUAGUUACAUUAGUGAUGCAUCUGACGAAGAAUCUAGAACAUUCCGAGUGGGCGUGGCAAACCUUUGUCUAACCGCUGGAACUCCUAUUGGUUCUGUACUUAGUGGUGUGUUGCUGAAGCAUGUCGGAUAUUACGGGGUGUUUACUUUGAGCUGCUUGUUGUAUCUUUUUAGUAUAAUAUAUGGAUUUUUUUAUAUUCAAGAUCCAAAGACAGCUGCAAUUAAGAAUGAUACUAAGGAUGAAUCGUCUGACCUGCGAGGUUUCCUCAAAUCCUUCUUCGACAUAAAACACGUAAGGGAAACAUUAACUGUGGCAUUCAAAAAGGGACCGAAUCACCGAAGAACAAAAUCCAUUUUGGUCCUCGCAUCGAUCUCGUUUAUAUACGGCUCGGCUUACGGUGAAUUUACAGUGCGAUAUCUGUUUUGCCGAUACCGUUUCAACUGGGACGCACUUAAAUAUAGUUUUUACAACACAUUUUAUAUCGUCACUCAUUUAGUAGGUGCCUUCGUUUCAAUAAGUUUGUUCAGUCGACGAUUCAAGUGGGACGAUUCUGUUUUAGGCCUUAUAUCUAAUUUUAGCAAAAUUAUUGGAAGUUUAACAACAGGUUUUGCAAGAAAUAGUACUGAGUUGUAUAUUGCUGUUGCCAUAGAGACAUUCAAUGCCACAUCAUUUACUGCGCUUCGGUCUAUCUCUUCAAAACUAGUGGCCAGUGAUGAAUUAGGCAAAAUGACGUCUGUCUUUAACCUAAUGGAAGUAUUGACGUCGAUGGUGUUCGGCCCUAUAUAUUCAUGGAUAUACAUGAUGACAAUACCAAUUGACGCCGGAAUCAUUUACUAUGUCAGUACGCUUCUUACAAUACCAACACUGAUGAUAUUUGGGUGGUUCUUCAUCCAGCAUAAGAAGAAUGCGCGAAGACCCAACAUUGAAGCAAUAGAUGAAAAUUUAGAAAUGUCUAACAAUAAGAACAAGAAAGAAGAAGAAGAAGCUAAACCCUCGAAAGAAGUAUCUUUGAUCAGCAGCAUUGACUUAGCAGACGAGAAGAUUUUAUUUAAUAAAUCUUAGUUAUAAAUA